CAUCACUGUCAUAAACAAGUGAACACAAAAUCUUGACACUCGAUGAAGUAAUUUAGUUAAAAUACAAAAUAAAACUAUGUAUAAUAUUUUAACAUUUCAUUUUGUGCUCGCCUUCGCCUCGUGCGCCGAUUUACCAACUCUCUAUGAGUACUACACCGGUGAUGGAGUCACCUCUGGACUCUCCGUGGACCAACCGUACUUCACCCUCAAUGGUAAAAACAUAACCAUCUAUAGUGGAGCGAUGCACUACUUCCGUAUUCCUCCCCAACACUGGAGAGAUCGUCUUCGGAAACUCAGAGCCGCGGGACUAAACACUGUUGAAACCUAUAUACCGUGGAACCUCCACGAGCCCAGAAACGGUUCGUUCGACUUCGGGAGUGGAGGAUCUGAUAUGGAGAUGUUUCUAGAUUUGGAAGGGUACUUGACGGCUGCACAAGAAGAAGAUUUGCUUGUUAUAGUACGUCCAGGACCCUACAUUUGUGCGGAAUGGGAAUGGGGGGGUUACCCCAGUUGGUUACUUAGAGACGAAAAUGUGAAAAUUAGAACUGCAGAGGCGACAUAUAUGGAGUACGUGGAGCGGUACUUUAACACAUUAUUACCAAUUCUUGCCAAGUACCAGUUUACCAAUGGAGGUCCCAUUGUAGCGGUUCAAGUGGAAAAUGAAUAUGGGUAUAGUCCGGAAAUCGACAAAGAAUAUCUCCAACAGUUGUACGAUAUAGUGAAAAAUAACGAUAUUGUGGAAUUAUUGGUGACUUCGGACGGUGCUAGUAGCGGAACGAGUGGUACCCUUCCGGGACUUCUCUUCCAGACUGUGAAUUUUGGGGGAGAUGCAGCCACAGUGUUCGGUAUUCUUGAAGGGUUGCAACCCGGGAAGCCUCUAAUGGGGAUGGAAUUCUACCCGGGGUGGCUUGACCACUGGACUGAUGUUCAUCACACUGUGACUGACAACGACUUCAAAAACAAUUACGAAGAUGUUUUGUCGUACCCUGCGUCAGUUAACUUGUAUAUGUUUCACGGUGGUACCAACUGGGGUUUUUUGAAUGGAGCUAGCAUUGAGUCUAGUGACGACAAUUCCGAGUUUGAACCAUGUACGACGAGUUACGACUACGACGCACCAUUGACAGAAGCUGGGGACUAUACCAGCAAAUACGACAUUAUUAAAGAAUUAGUAGCACAGUACAACCCAGUACAAACCCUAACACCAGAACCUCCAGCACUAGUGGAACGCCAAGCGUACCCAGAUUUACCCAUCGAUGGUCAACUUAGUUUCAACGACAUUGUUUCAAAGACCACUUCCAUUCCAAGUACUAUGAUUCUGUCGAUGGAACAACUUCCUAUAAACGACAAUUCUGGGCAAAGUUAUGGCUAUAGUGUCUACCGUCAGGAAGGUUUGAACAUAACCGCAGACUCUACUUUGACCAUCACGGGUCACAUCCGCGACACCGUGAUGAUUCUAAUAGACGGGGUUUUGAUAUCAAACCCGUUGUCAAGCAGUGACGAUUUGAACAACUUUGGUUACUGGAGGUUAGACAAUUCAACAAUUACUUUAACAACCUCUGAUUUAACCGAAGUUACUUUGGAUAUCGUCAUCGAAAACUGGGGACGUGCUAAUGGUGGCCUGUUUUACCAUCAACUUAAGGGACUCAUGGAUGACAACCACGUCUACUUGAACGAUCAAGAAUUAACGUAUUGGUUGAUUUAUCCCUUGGAAUUCAAAAAGUCGUUUAAUAAUGAGCUAAGUGGUUGGAAUUCUGUGGAAGAUGGUGAUUUACCAAAAGGACCGGGGUUGUAUAGGGCCACGUUGACCCUGAGUGACGAUAUUACUGAUACUUUUAUUGAUAUGAGUGAGUGGAACAAGGGCUUGGUGAUAGUCAAUGGGUUUGUUCUUGGCAAGUAUGCCUUCAUUGGUCCCCAACAAACCCUAUACCUCCCAGGACCUUUCCUCCAGCCUGGCAACAACGAAAUAAUCAUAUUUGAACACUUCAAACCCGCAAGUGCGGUGAAGUUUUCCAAAGAUACAAUCUUCAAUACUCCAUAAAAAUUGCCAAGAAGUUGUUUGUGUACUUUUCUUGUUUGUUACUAAUCACUUAAGAUAAACACAGUUAGUAACAAAACUGUAAUAAACAAUAUUACCUAA